AUGUUAUGGAUUAAGUUGGGAGAUCACAACACAAAGUUUUUUCACAGGUGUAUCAAGCUGAGACAGGCCAGGAAAAGGAUUGUGAAAAUUAAUAAUUCUGAUGGCAAUGUGGUUGAUAAUCCUGAGCUUAUUAAAAGUACAAUCCUUAAUCAUUAUGUGAAUUUCCUUGGCUCUUCCAUGCAGAAUAGAAGGAAUGCUAAUCCUAGUGUGUUUAAUGCUGGCUAUGUCCUUAAUGAUGAUGACAAAGAUAACUUAAAUGCUCCUUUUGGGGAUUCUGAGAUUAGAACUGCUUUAUUUGGUAUUAAUGACGACAAGGCCCCUGGGCCAGAUGGUUUUGGGACUCUUUUCUUGAAGAAGAGCUGGAAUAUAAUAGGGAAUGACAUCAUCCAGGCCACCAAGAAUUUUCAGAUUAUAGGUAAAAUGCUUUGUCAACUCAAUUCCACUGUUAUCUCCCUUAUCCCUAAGAUUGAUAAUCCUAUUAAUAUUAGUGACUAUAGGCCCAUCUCUUGCUGUAAUGUCUUAUAUAAUACUGUCUCUAAAGUCAUUUGCAAUAGGCUUAGUAAAAUUCUUGACAAAAUUAUUAGUCCCAGCCAAUCUGGCUUUGUCCCUGGUAGGAAUAUUUAUGAUAACACUCUCCUUGCUCAUGAGCUUGUUAGAAACUACCAUAGGAAUAAAGGGAAUGCUUGUGCCCUGAAAAUUGAUUUACAGAAAGCCUAUGAUACCAUUGAAUGGGAUUUUAUUGAGGAGACUUUGAUUGACCUGAGGUUUCCUAGGAAUUUUAUUAUGAGUGUCAUGUCUUGUAUUAGGAAUGUGAAGUAUUCUAUUCAGAUAAAUGGGGAGGUUACUGGCUAUUUUGAUGGUAAGAGGGGCCUCAGGCAGGGUGAUCCCAUAUCCCCUUUGAUCUUUGUCCUGUGCAUGGACUAUCUUUCCAGAUCUCUUGUUAUUAACACUAGAAAUGACUCAGUGAAUUUCUCUCUGUCUUCUGGUCUUUUUCCUAACCUCCUCAAGAGUUGUGUGUACUUUGAUGGGAUGAAUGAUUAUGAUAAAAGAGUUAUUCUUAAUAUUCUGGGGUUCCAAGAAGGUCAGUUACCUGUUAAAUUGCAGCUAGUUAAGUCUGUCCUUCUUAGCAUGCAUGUGUACUGGUGCACAACUUUUCUCCUCCCUAAAGUUGUCAUCAAAGCUGUAGAAGAUAGUUGUUGGAAGUUCCUCUGGCAUGGGUCUAAUUCAGAUAAGAAAGGCAGCUUAGUCAAUUGGAAUGAGGUUUGUUCCAGAAAGUCUAGUGGUGGUCUUGGUAUAAAAGCUGUUUUUUGGUGGAAUGUUGCUGCAAUUUCUAAGCAUGUUUGGAACCUGUUCACUCUCAAGCCCACCCUAUGGGCCACUUGGGUUAUUGAGAAUAAGCUCAAGAUGUCUAGUUUCUGGGGGAUAGCUAAGCCAUUAGACUGCUUUUGGAGUUGGAGGAAUUUACUUAAAAUAAGGUCCUUAAUUGCCCCUUAUUUUGAGUAUAGAAUUGGAGUAGGUAAUAGGUUCUCUUUUUGGUAUGAUCCUUGGCUUUAUGGGGUCUGUAUUGCUGAGAGAUUCCCUGAUGUGGAGAUUAAGCACUCUGAUGUCCCAAAAAAUGCUAAAAUCAGCAGAGCUUGGCAUAUAAAUGACUGGAACCUGCCAGACCCCCUUGAUGAAACCACCAAACGAGCCUGGGAAUUUGUUGCUGAGAACUUUAAGCUAAGGAGCAAUGUUGAAGACUCUGUCAGAUGGAAAGGUAACAGAACAUGGAGAUUUUCUAUUGGUAGUAUGUGGAACAUUUUGAAUCCUGUGAUGAGUAGAGUGCCCUGGUGCAACCUGGUUUGGUUUAAUGGCAAUGUGCCUAGACAUGAUUUCAUUUUGUGGCUAGCUCUUAAAAACAGACUUAUGACAAGGGACAAAAUGAAGGACUGGAAUAGAAAAUGUAGAGCAUCUGUUCUUUAA